AUGGUACCGGUGUUUGGAGAAAUCGUUGCAGAUCGCAAACGUGCCAUCCUGCGUCCAGUUUCCGGUAGUAGCAGGUCAUCAAAGGAGAAUUCCAGAUCGAUGCAUAGCUGUCCUUUCUGUGCUUACAGGACCCCUUUAUCGCAGCGAAUGAGAAGUCAUUUGGCUGCGCAUGAAAACUGUCAGGAGCAAAUGUAUGAAUGCGAUGAAUGCCUCGUGCAGUUUACUGAGAAAUCGAAUAUGUUAAGGCAUCGUUUGCAACAUAGUGGUAUCAAACCGUGUCGGUGCAAAUUUUGUCCGAAAACAUUCUUCAGAAAUGACCAGGUUAUGUUUUCUAACAAAAUUUGUGUAUUUUCAGCGGCAAAUUUUCAAUGA